AUGGAUUGGGCAAAAUCUUUACCUGGUAAAAAUGUUUUUACAUGCAUUAUAUGCGAUAAUUUAUCAAGCCACUUAAAUGUGAGUGUUAUCGAAUUAUGUGAGUGUCACAAUAUUCAGUUUGUUUUCAUUCCAUCUAGCUCGACACACAUAACACAACCCCUUGACGUCGCUUUUUUUGCACUACUUAAAAAAGUGUGGCGAGCAAUAUUACUCAAGUACAAAAUGGAAAAUCCCAACCAAACUACUCUGAAUAAGAAUCAUUUCCCAAAACUUUUACAUUCUUUAGUUGAUCAAGUUGAACUAUAUUCAUCUAAAAAUAUCAAAAGUGGGUUCAGAGCAACGGAGAUCUACCCAUUCAACCCAAGAGAAGUACUGAAGCGUAUACCAAAGUAUCAAGAAGAUGUGGCAUCAUAUGGGAUUGACAAUGCAUUGCUAGACUACUUAAAGCAGAUCAGACAGCCAAUUCCUAUGAUAACAAAAAGAAACAAGAAAGUUAUGACUGUACCUAGAAAAUCAGUAACAGUCGAUGAUUUACUGCUGACUUCCCAACUCUCAAAAUCGAAUGUACGAGGCAAAGUCAAGUCAUCCAAGAAUACUACGACACUCACGAAGGUAGAUCCUGCUGCCACACUCGCAAGUGUCUCACUCGAAAAUUUUAAUAAAAAUUACAAUUAUGACAUUAGUUAUAUUUUAAACGAAAAAGCGGGUCUCAUGGAAGCCACAAAAAACACUGAUUUAGUAUUUGAAACUGAUUUACCCGUGAUUUCGAUAAAAUACCAAGACAAGCCCAAAAAGAUAAAUAUUCUAUCUGACAUCAUUUUACCAGAAUAUAAGACUGAGCCUAUUGCAAAAACUAAAACUAAAUACUUUAAAGAAAUUGAUAGAAGCUUUAACAUUUUAUCACAAAAUUUUCUUUCAGAACGCAAUAUUAUCAUAGAAAAACCACAUACUGAAAAUUAG